AUGACCCUCUCCGGCGGCGGCAGCGCCAGCGAUAUGUCCGGCCAGACGGUGCUGACGGCCGAGGAUGUGGACAUCGAUGUGGUGGGCGAGGGCGACGACGGGCUGGAUGAGAAAGACAGCGACGCGGGCUGCGAUAGCCCCGCGGGGCCGCCGGAGCUGCGCCUGGACGAGGCGGACGAGGGGCCACCGGCGACCGCGCAUCACGGCCAGUCCCAGCCGCCCCACCAACAAUCUCUGGCACUGCCCACCGAAGCGACCGCUGCUGGACCGGGGAACGACGCUGGAGCGCCUGAGGCCGACGGCUGCAAGGGCGGCGAGGACGCGGUGGCAGGCGGCGGUGGGCCCGGCGCGGGUGGCGGUACAGCGGGAGGUCUGACCCCGAGCAAGCCCAAGAACAGCCUGGUGAAGCCACCCUACUCCUACAUCGCGCUCAUCACCAUGGCCAUCCUGCAGAGCCCGCAGAAGAAGCUGACCCUGAGCGGCAUCUGCGAGUUCAUCAGCAACCGCUUCCCAUACUACCGGGAGAAGUUCCCCGCCUGGCAGAACAGCAUCCGCCACAACCUGUCGCUCAACGACUGCUUCGUCAAGAUCCCCCGCGAGCCGGGCAAUCCAGGCAAGGGUAACUACUGGACCCUGGACCCCCAGUCCGAGGACAUGUUCGACAACGGUAGUUUCCUGCGGCGCCGGAAGCGCUUCAAGCGCCACCAGCAGGAGCACCUGCGCGAGCAGACGGCGCUCAUGAUGCAGAGCUUCGGUGCCUACAGCCUGGCUGCGGCGGCGGGCGCAGGACCCUACGGCCGCCCCUACGGCCUGCACCCCGCGGCGGCGGCGGGCGCCUACUCGCAUCCCGCGGCGGCGGCGGCGGCGGCGGCCGCAGCGGCGCUUCAGUACCCGUACGCGCUGCCGCCGGUGGCGCCCGUGCUGCCGCCCGCCGUGCCCCUGCUGCCCUCGGGCGAGCUGGGCCGCAAAGCGGCCGCCUUCGGCUCGCAGCUCGGCCCGAGCCUCCAAUUGCAGCUCAACACCCUGGGCGCCGCCGCGGCAGCCGCGGGCACGGCGGGUGCGGCGGGCACCACGUCGCUCAUCAAGUCCGAGCCCAGUGCGCGGCCGUCGUUCAGCAUUGAGAACAUCAUAGGCGCCGGACCCGCGGCGCCCGGGGGUUCAUCCGGGGGUGGCGGGAGCGCGGGCGGGGCUGGGGGUGGCGGGGGCGGCGGCAGCACCCAGUCCUUCCUGCGGCCGCCUGGGACUGUGCAGUCCGCGGCGCUCAUGGCCACGCACCAGCCCCUGUCGCUGAGCCGGACGACUGCCACCAUCGCGCCCAUCCUGAGCGUGCCGCUGUCUGGACAGUUCCUGCAGCCCGCAGCCUCAGCCGCAGCUGCCGCCGCCGCCGCCGUUCAAGCCAAGUGGCCCGCGCAAUAG